AUGAGUAAAAAGAUCAGUGGAAGAGGUGCAGCUCUUCGUACAGCUCGUAUUCAUCACAGAGUACUUAACUGCACAGAUGAUUGUGACUCUGUUGACAUCACCCUGUACAAUCUCAAAACAAAUAAAGAAUAUACUAUCUUGAACCAAAGGUUCACAAGCAAUGACAGCUAUAACCUGACGCUUCCAAGAUGCCAGGAAUACAGAGUCCUACAAGCUAACUGUCCGCCAGAGACUUUCAGUAUCCCACCUGCUCCAAAAAAACCCAAAAUUCUUCAAGUUUCUUCUUCUGACAGAUCUGUAUCCCUCGAAUGGGAGUCACCAGAUGAUAGUAUAGAUGGCUACUCCGUGUGCUGCAAUAGCACUACCAGCUGUGAGGAAAGAGACAAUAUGGCACAUAUGUUUACUUGUAAUGGAUUACAUCCUUUUAAUACGGGUUUCGUGUCAGUCACUGCCUAUAAAAAGAGCAAAUACGGACCAGAAAAAAUUGCAGGAGCUGUGGCAAAUGAAACAUAUAAGACAAACGCAACAAAACCAAAGAAAGUGACUGAGCUUCGUGUAAACUUGACAGCUGAUAACGCAGUCCGAAUUAAGUGCCAAAAUCAAGACGUGUAUGGUCCAAAAACAAUUUUUGUAUUGGUUUGGGGUAGUGAAAACAAAACCAAAGAGAAUGAGUGUCUUUUUGUAGAAGAAAAUCUUUCUUACUUGACAAACUACUCAUUUAAGAUCCUUGUCCAUAAUGGACUUUUUGAAGGAGAAGCUGUAAGUGGCCAUAUAAAAACCAGAUACAAUUCUAGGGCCCUGAUUAUAUUCUUGACCUUCUUGAUCAUUGUGACCUCGAUUGCUUUACUCCUGGUUCUGUAUAAAAUCUAUGAUCUCCACAGGAAAAAGCUCGGCAAUUCUUCGGAAGAUGUGAGUCUUGUCAGAGUUAAAGAUGAUGAAAGGCAACUUCUGAACAUAGAGCCAAUACCCUCAGAACAGUUGUUGGAGACGUACAAGAGGAAGAUUGCGGAUGAAGGAAGACUUUUCUUGGAUGAAUUUCAGAGUAUUCCUAGAAUUUUCACUAAGUUUCCAAUAAAGGAGGCCAAAAAAAGCCAUAAUCAGAACAAAAAUCGUUACAUUGAUAUUCUCCCAUAUGAUCACAAUCGUGUUGAACUCUCAGAGCUACCAGGAGACCCCGGAUCAGACUAUAUCAAUGCAAGUUAUAUUGAUGGUUUCAAAGAACCAAGAAAAUAUAUUGCUGCACAAGGCCCCAAGGAUGAAACCACAGAUGAUUUCUGGAGAAUGAUCUGGGAACAGAAGGCAACAGUUAUCGUCAUGGUGACUCGCUGUGAAGAAGGAAACAGGAACAAAUGUGCCCAGUAUUGGCCAUCAAUGGAGAAUGGCUCAGCAACAUAUGGGGACAUUAUUGUGAAGAUCAAUGAAAGCAAAGUGUGUCCAGACUAUAUCAUUCAGAAACUACAUAUUACAAAUGGAAGGGAAAGGACAGCUGGAAGAGAUGUCACUCACAUUCAGUUCACGAGCUGGCCAGACCACGGAGUCCCUGAGGAUUCGCAUCUUCUUCUCAAGCUCCGGCGCAGAGUUAAUGCUCUCAGCAACUUUUUUAGUGGCCCAAUAGUGGUUCAUUGCAGCGCUGGCGUGGGCCGCACUGGGACCUACAUCGGAAUUGAUGCCAUGCUGGAGGGCCUCGACACCGAAGGCAGAGUGGAUGUUUAUGGCUAUGUGGUGAAACUGCGUCGACAGCGAUGCCUCAUGGUUCAAGUAGAGUCACAGUACAUCCUCAUCCAUCAAGCACUAGUGGAGUACAAUCAAUAUGGAGAAACCGAGGUCUGUCUCUCAGAACUGCAUCCCUACCUUACAAAUCUGAAGAGGAAAGAUCCCCCAAGUGAUCCAUCUCUGCUGGAGGCAGAAUUUCAGAGGCUGCCCUCCUAUAAGGGGUGGCGGACGCAGAACACAGGGAACCGAGAGGAGAACAAAACUAGAAACAGGAAAGCCAACACGAUUCCAUAUGACUUUAACCGAGUGCCGAUCAGGAAUGAAGAAGAGCAAAGUAAGGAGACUGAACAUGAUUCAGAUGAUUCCUCAGACGGGGACAGCGACUGUGAGGAAUCAAGCAGAUACAUCAAUGCUUCCUUCAUAACUGGCUACUGGGGUCCAAAAGCCAUGAUCGCAACUCAGGGACCAAUGCAGGAAACAAUUGCUGAGUUCUGGCAAAUGGUCUUCCAAAGAAAAGUCAAAGUGAUCGUUAUGCUGACAGAGCUGAAGGAAGGAGACCAGGAACUCUGUGCACAGUAUUGGGGAGAAGGAAAGCAAACGUAUGAUGGCAUAGAAGUACAAAUGACAGAUACUAACUGCUGCCCUAGCUAUACCAUACGUGCAUUCGAUGUUACACAUCUGAAGAGGAAAGAGACCCAGAAGGUGUAUCAGUAUCAGUAUCACAAGUGGAGCAGCUCGGGUGUUCCUGAAGACCCCGAAGACUUGGUCAACAUGAUUCUAAACCUCAAGGAGAAACUUCCGACUAGACCAGGCUCUGAGGACAACAAAGGCAACCGCUGUGUCCCCAUUGUCAUCCACUGCCGCGAUGGAUCCGAGCAAACAGGUGCAUUUUGUGCUUUAAUGACCCUCUUGGAAAGUGCAGAAGUAGAAGAAGUAAUAGAUGUUUUCCAAGUAGUAAAAACUCUUCGGCGCACCAGGCUGGGAAUGGUCUCCAGCUUUGAACAGUAUCAAUUUCUGUAUGAUACCAUUGCUAACACCUACCCUGCACAGAAUGGACAAAUAAAGAAGAACAGCCAGCAGGAAGUUAAAGUUGAAUUUUGCAACGAAGUAGAAAAAACAGAUCAGGAAGCUGAUUUGAUCACUAUUGAUCUUACCUCUUCAACGCCAGAGGGAAAUGGAGCUUCUGAAGCAUGUGUGGAUUCUAAAGCUGCAGAUAGCACUAAGGAGACAGAAAGCUCUGUAAAUGGUCCCACAACUCCAGUUUUAACUUAGAGGCUAAAUUAAAAUUAUGCAUUUGUCAACUUUUAUAUGUGCAAAAAAUCCUAAACAAAAA